AUGGCUCGUGGAGCUGUGUCUACAAAUUAUGGAGAUGCUCUCACAAAGAGUCUUUUGUAUUUCGAAGCUCAACGCUCUGGAAAAUUGCCUUCGAACCAAAGAGUUAUUUGGAGAGGAGAUUCUGCACUUAGAGACGGUUCUGAUGCUCAUAUUGAUCUCACCGGAGGGUAUUACGAUGCCGGAGACAAUAUGAAGUUUGGAAUUCCUAUGGCGUUCAUGACCACGAUGCUAGCUUGGAGCAGUGUAGAGAUGGAAACGCAGCUUAAAGCUCAUGAAGAGCACGAAAACGUCCUCGCGGCUCUUAAGUGGGCCACAGACUAUAUCAUUAAGGCCCAUACUGAGCCCAAUGUUCUGUACGGACAAGUUGGCGAGGGAAACUCGGACCACGCGUGCUGGAUGAGACCGGAGGAUAUGACCACACCGCGUCCUUCAUACCGCAUUGAUGCUCAGCAUCCAGGUUCUGACCUGGCUGGUGAGACAGCAGCAGCGAUGGCUGCAGCUUCUUUGGCAUUUGCGUCAUCUGAUGCAGCUUACGCCAAAACACUCAUUGGUCACGCAAAAGAUCUGUUUGAAUUCGGCAAAUGUUACACCGGUAAAUAUCACUUAUCCAUUACUAACGCGGCUGGGUUUUACCAGAGCAGCGGUUACGAAGAUGAGUUGUUGUGGGCUGCGGCUUGGCUUCACCGAGCCACCGGAGACGAGAUUUAUCUUGAUUACCUAACUCAUGCUUCUAGUAGUGGAGGUGCGAGGUCCGAAUUCUCAUGGGACGAUAAGUUCUUGGGGGCACAAGUCUUGGUUGCCAAGCUUGUGUUUGAAGGAAAAGUGAAGAAUGAAGGGAAGGUCUCGGAGUACAAGAGCAUGGCGGAGCAGUUUAUCUGCAAUUGUGCUCAAAAGGGUUUCAGUAACGAUAAGAAGUCUCCUGGAGGUUUGCUAUGGUUCUUGCCAUGGGACAACUUCCAAUACACAGGAACAGCUUCUUUCGUCUUAGUCACUUAUGGUAAAUACCUUGAAGCUGCAAAAGCCUCCGUUCAAUGCCCCAAAGGUGUCCUUCAGGCUUCUGAUCUUCUCGACCUCGCUAGGGCCCAGGUAGACUACAUGCUUGGGUCAAACCCCAAGAACAUUAGCUAUAUGGUUGGAUUCGGUACCAACUAUCCACAAAGACCACACCAUAGAGCAGCCUCUAUAGUGUCAAUCAAGGAAGAUCCUAGACCGGUGACAUGCAACGAAGGGUAUCAAGCUUGGUACAACAAUCCUAACCCGAAUCCUAAUGUUUUGGUUGGAGCAAUUGUAGGUGGACCGGACGACAACGAUGUUUUCCAAGAUCAACGGUCUGAUUAUCAGCACGCUGAGCCCGAUACCGUCACGGUUGCUCCUUUUGUCGGUGUUUUGGCUGCCAUUGCAUGA